AGCCGCGACCGACUGAUCUGAAAAUUUUCCAUUUCCCGCGUUAUCAUUUUCCCGUCUUUAUUCAAAUCUUUCUCAAACUGAGCCUCUCUGCUACGAAAGAUUCUGAACUUUCUGGUCAUCUGUCAAUUUCUUGUUCGGAGAUUCGAUCCAUCUUGUUUGCUACAUCAUUCGGUUCGAUUCACUUUCUUCUAUUUCCGCUUUAUAUCUCCGAAACUAGAGCAAUUCAAAUCGUAUGCCUAUUUUUUUCUGUUCAUUACGUUUAUCUCUGUCAAUUUCGUUCGUGUUUAGUAGCUUUUAAUGGUGAUUUGUCUCUUUUGAUUUCAAUACUUGGUUCGCGUUAUGAGACAUGUUAGUAGUUUGAGUUUGAAUGAUGUGAGCUGCAAUUUUAUGUCCUGCGAUGCAAUAACGCAAAGUGUGCCUUAUUAACAUUAUAUCUUAGUAUCUUGGUCAUGAAUACAGGUCUGGCUUGGGUCGAUAUUAAAUUUCAAACAGUGAAGUACUAAUUACGGAUUUUGAGUGCGUGAUUCACAUUCGAUUUUAUGUUUAGAGUUCUCCUUAAGGACGCUUGGAAAUUCUUUGAUCCUUGUAGUAGGUGCGUUGCCGAGUUCUCGCUGUUAGCUGUUUCAGGUUCUGCCAUCUUAAUUCUACUUUUUGGAUAAAUAGCUCAAGUGAUUCUCCUCACACCUUAUUGAGUGCUGGAAAGUUGAAAAAUUAUGAAAGCAGCCAGACAGCCCGGUAGAAGGGCAAAAAAGUUGGAAAAAAGGCGUGGGGGUUCUGUUGACACCACUGGAGUUCAGAAGCCUAGAAAGAUAACUUCUCAGGAGAAAAAAGCUCUCGACACUGCACACAUUGAAGAUGACUCGAAGAACAUACAGAGUUUGGUUGAUCGAACCAAUGCAACAGAAAUGACAAAGAGUUCAGCUCUUCUUGAUCUUUAUCCCGCACAGAAGCCCCAUCCUCGCACAAAGAUCAAGCUUCAACUUUUUCCAAUAAAUGUAAAGACCCGCAUGGCAUUGGAAAAGGAUAGAUAUCAUCCAUAUUUGGAACUGACUUUAAGGGCACGAAAGAAAAUUUCUUCGGUAUUAAAACAUCUUAUUAGCAAGUGGGGAUGUUCUAAUGUAGCACGAGGGGAUCUCACACUUUUUCCGUACGGCAAGUCAUCUAGUCUUCCCAGUGGUCUAAAAUGGACUCUGAAAGACUGUGAUAUAACUGCUGGAGAUGUCUAUGCAGCUGUGGGAGGUUCCUCAAUUUUUCGCUUAAGGUAUGGGUGGGUCUGCACAUCCAUUCCUUUCAAACUUCAUUCAUCCUCGAAUGGCUUGGAGAAAGGUUGCAGGAAAACCGUGCAAAUCAUGCAUGGGAAAGGCAACCAAUCUGAGGAAUUGAUGGACGGGAUCAAAUCAAGUAACGUGAAUGAUGCGAAUAACACUGCUGCACCAGAGAGGAUUGUGGAUUGUCCAACUAAUCCAAUGGAUAAUGGGCCACCGUUAGACUCUGGUUAUCAGCUGUCAGCAAAAUGUGGAAUAUUGCAGUUAGAUAGUAUCUCAAACAUAAGCAUGGGAGGCCUCCUUUCUGAAGCUUCCUUAUUGGGAAAAUGCAGUUUCUGGGAUUCAAAGAUAACAGGGGGCAAUACGGGCGUACAGCCAGCUGAAGUAAUAACUGAUUCCCUUGAUGCAAGCAUUGCUGCGGCCCAGAUGAGAUUUUCUGAAGUUUCAAAGCAGCCCCGUAGUGAUCAACAUUCGUCUAUUUUGGAUGCUGAGCAGACUUGUGAUGCUUUUGCUAUGAAAAGGCUCUCUUCGUCGAGCAAAGCUACUCUCUCUAUAGACUCUAAUGCUGGGGGCACCUUCCGAGAUGCCGAUUCCAAGUUAUUCAAAUUUCCCAAAACACCUCAGGCCUAUAGUCGAUCUGAGUUUUCACAAGAUCCUGCUGGUAAAGAAUCCAAGACUGAUAUGAUGUCCUGUUCGCGGAUUUAUCAUGAUGAAAGCAGCCUUGGGCUGUCAGGAAUCAAUUGGAGCAAUUCACUAGGACCGUUUGAUCUUGGCUUGCCUGUUUCCCGGAAGGCCUCCUCCAGCGGUGAUGGUCUAAGCAUGAGUGGCUUUGUGAGAUAGCAAUAAUAACAUAGAAGCGAAUCCACACUUCAAAGACAUUUCAUAGUAAAGAACUUGGCCAAAAAUUGCAUUAUGCUCAUUUGCAAAUAUUUUGGCAUGUUACUUGCAACUGUAUAGAUUUCUUCAGCUUUUAGUCUUACAAUCCAUGAUUACAGAA